GGCGGUGGCAGCGGCGGCGGCGGAAUAGGCCGGGGCAGGUCGCGUUAGCUACCUUCUCGCCUGAAGAGAAACGCAGGGGGGAGGGGGGUGCGGAGAGCGGCUCCUCUCUCAGUCCUCCGCUCCGCUCGCGCCCCAGUGUAAUGAGGGUCACCCCCUCCCCCCAGCUGGCCCGGGAGGGGGCACGGGGCACGGUUGAUGCUGGCCCAGUAUGGAUCAGUCCUGUGAACUAUCUAGAAGAAAUUAUCUGCUGUCCUUUUCUAAUCCGGUGAAUUUAGAUGCCCCUGAAGACAAGGACAGCCCUUUCGGUAAUGGUCAAUCCAAUUUUUCUGAGCCACUUAAUGGGUGUACUAUGCAGUUAUCGACUGCCAGUGGAACAUCCCAAAAUGCUUAUGGACAAGAUUCUCCAUCUUGUUACAUUCCACUGCGGAGACUACAGGAUCUGGCCUCCAUGAUCAAUGUAGAGUAUUUAAGUGGGUCUGCUGAUGGAUCAGAAUCCUUUCAAGACCCUGCAAAAAGUGAUUCAAGAGCUCAGUCGCGAAUUGGUUGCACUUCCUUGAGUCCUGGUGGUCCAACAGCACUUGCUAUGAAUAUGAAACAGGAACCCUCUUGUAAUAACUCCCCUGAACUCCAGUUAAAAGUAACAAAGACGAUCAAGAAUGGCUUUCUGCACUUUGAGAAUUUUACUUGUGUGGACGAUGUAGAUUCUGAAAUGGACCCAGAACAGCCAGUCACAGAGGAUGAGAGUAUAGAGAUCUUUGAGGAGACUCAGACCAAUGCUACCUGCAAUUAUGAGCCUAAAUCAGAAAAUGAUGUAGAAAUGGCCAUGGGAAGUGAACAAGACAGCACACCAGAGAGUAGACAUGGUGCAGUCAAACCGCCAUUCUUGCCAUUAGCUCCUCAAACUGAAACACAGAAAAAUAAACAAAGAAGUGAAGUGGACGGAAGCAAUGAAAAAACAGCCCUUCACCCUGUCCCCUUUUCACUAGGAGAUACGAACGUUACCAUAGAAGAGCAAUUUAACUCAAUAAAUUUAUCUUUUCAGGAUGAUCCAGACUCCAGUACCAGUACAUUAGGAAACAUGCUAGAAUUACCUGGAACUUCAUCAUCAUCUACUUCACAGGAAUUGCCAUUUUGUCAACCGAAGAAAAAGUCUACACCACUGAAAUAUGAAGUUGGAGAUCUCAUUUGGGCAAAAUUCAAGAGACGCCCUUGGUGGCCCUGUAGGAUUUGUUCUGAUCCAUUGAUUAAUACUCACUCAAAAAUGAAAGUUGCCAACAGGAGACCCUAUAGAGAGUACUACGUGGAGGCUUUUGGAGACCCUUCUGAAAAAGCCUGGGUGGCUGGAAAAGCAAUCGUCAUGUUUGAAGGCAGGCAUCAGUUUGAAGAGCUACCUGUCCUUAGGAAAAGAGGGAAACAGAAAGAAAAAGGAUAUAGGCAUAAGGUUCCUCAGAAAAUUUUGAGUAAAUGGGAAGCCAGUGUUGGUCUUGCUGAGCAAUAUGAUGUUCCCAGAGUCUCGAGUAAGAACCAAAAAUGUGUCACCAGUUCAAUCAAGUUGGACAGUGAAGAGGAUAUGCCAUUUGAGGACUGUGCAAAUGAUCCUGAAUCAGAACAUGACCUACUGUUUAAUGGCUGCUUGAAGUCUUUGGCUUUUGAUUCUGACCAUUCUGGAGAUGAAAAGGAAAAGCCUUGUGCCAAGACUCUCACUAGAAAGAGCACUGAUAAUCUUAAAAGGACUAGUGUGAAAAAGGGCCUCAUGUCAUUUGAAGCACAUAAAGAGGAACGGGGAAACAUUCCAGAAAACCUUGGCCUAAACUUUAUCUCUGGGGAUGUCUCUGAUAAACAGGCUUCUAAUGAACUUUCCAGGAUAGCGAACAGCCUUACAGGGACUAGCACUGCCCCAGGAAGUUUCCUUUUUUCUUCAUGUGGGCAAAGCACUGCAAAAGCAGAAUUUGAGACUUCAAAUUGUGAUUCUUUAUUGGACUUAUCUGAAGGUGCUUUGAUUUCUAAACCUUCUGGGGAGAAAAGGAAACUCCAGUCAGACCUGGUAUGCAGUUCAAAAGUGCAGCUCUGUUAUAUUGGAGCUGAUGAUGAGGAAAAGGAAAGUGACUCCAUUAGUAUAUGUACCACUUCUGAUGAUGGGAGCAGUGAUCUGGAUCCUAUAGAACAUAGCUCAGAGUCUGAUAACAGUGUUCUUGAAAUUACAGAUGCUUUUGAUAGAACAGAAAAUGUGUUAUCCGUGCACAAAAAUGAAACAAAGUAUUCUAGGUAUCCUGCCACAAAUAGUAGGGUAAAAGAAAAAUCAAAGUCCCUCAUUACUAAUUCACAUUCAGACCACUUAAUGGAUUCUACUAAGACAGUGGAACCUGGAACUGCUGAGAUCUCUCAGGUUAAUCUCUCUGAUCUUAAAGUCUGUACUCCUGUCCCCAAAUCUCAGUCAGAAUUUAGAAAUGAUGGUCUCUCUCCAAAAUUCAACCCACCAUCAGGCAUUUCUAGUGAAAACUUCCUAAUAAAGGGUGGGACUAUAAAUGAAGCUCUAAUACCCUUGAAAAGCAAACAGCCCAAGUUCCGAAGCAUAAAAUGCAAACAUAAAGAUAACUCAGCAGUUGUAGAACCUGCAGUUACGAAUGAGGACCACAAUUUGAAAUGCUCCUCUUCUGAUACCAAAGGCUCCUCUUUGGCCAGCAUAUCCAAAAGUGGGAAAGCAGAUGGACUGAAGCUACUGAACAAUAUGCAUGAGAAAAGCAGAGAUUCAAGUGACAUAGAAACAGCAGUGGUGAAGCAUGUUCUGUCAGAAUUGAAGGAACUCUCUUAUAGAUCUUUAAGUGAGGAUGUCAGUGAUUCUGGAACAUCAAAACCAUCAAAACCUUUACUAUUUUCUUCUGCUUCUAGUCAGAAUCACAUACCUAUUGAACCAGAUUACAAAUUUAGUACAUUGCUAAUGAUGCUGAAAGAUAUGCAUGAUAGUAAGACCAAGGAACAAAGAUUGAUGACUGUUCAAAACCUGGCCUCUUACCGGAGUCCUGAUCGAGGGGACUCUUCUACCAGCAGUCCUAUAGGGGCUUCCAAGGUUUUGGUUUUAGGAGGUUCCACCCGCAAUUCAGAAAAAACUGGAGAUGAUACUCAGGACUCUGUCCGGCCUAGCCCUAGUGGGGGUAACUCUUCAUUGUCUAGGGAGUUGUCUUCUUCCCUACCUGUCUUAGCUUCUAACAGAAGAGACCUCCCUACUUAUGGCAAAAGUCGCUCAAACUGUAUUACUAGGCGCAACUGUGGUCGAGGAGGAAAGCCAUCAUCCAAAUUAAGAGAAGCCCAGAUGGCAAAGAGCACAGUGAACCGGAAAGCCUUAAAGACAGAGCGCAAAAGAAAAUUGAACCGCCUUCCAGCUGUGACUCUUGAAGCUGCUCUGCUGGGAGACAAAGAAAGUGGCAGCUCAGUGAAUGGCCCAUCAAGGGGUGGGGCAGAAGAUCUGGGUAAAAAAGAGCCUCUUGAAUUAACAAGUGAAGACACCCAUUUUUCUGAAGUACAUUUUGAUAACAAGGUUAGCCUGUCUGACCCUGAUAAAAUUCCUGAAAAAGAACCUCCUUUUGAGAAGAGAAAAUGCCCAGAGCUGGGCUCUGAAAUGAAGAGUGAGAAUGAUGAACUCCGUGGUAUAAAUCAAGUGGUACCUAAAAAGCGGUGGCAGCGAUUAAACCAAAAGCGCCCUAAACCUGGAAAACGCACUAACAGAUUUAGGGAGAAGGAAAACUCUGAGGGUGCCUUUGGAGUCUUGCUUUCUUGUGACGUUGUACAGAAGGGGAGGGAUGAUUACCUGGAGCAAAGAACUCUUCCUACAAGUAUACUUGAGAACUCAACAGACCCCAAUCACACCAGCUGCUCAGAUUCGGUUGGGUCACAUUUGAAUGUUUGUGAUAAAUCCAGUGCUGGCAUGGAGAGUACUUGUGAUAAAUCCAUUGUCAGUAUGGACAGUGUGGAAAAGGAGACAGGACUUCCCAGUUUGACUCCACAGACCAAGCUCCCUGAACCAGCCAUGCGGUCAGAGAAGAAACGCCUUAGGAAGCCAAGCAAGUGGCUUCUGGAAUAUACAGAAGAAUAUGAUCAGAUAUUUGCUCCAAAGAAAAAACAAAAGAAGGUACAGGAGCAAGUGCAUAAGGUAAGUUCCCGCUGUGAAGAGGAAAGCCUUCUAGCCCGAUGUCGAUCUAGUGCUCAGAACAAGCAGGUGGAUGAGAAUUCUUUGAUUUCAACCAAAGACGAGCCUCCAGUUCUUGAAAGAGAGGCUCCAUGUUUGGAAGGGCCCUUGGCUCAGUCAGAUCUUGUAGGUGGACAUGCUGAGUUGCCACAGCUUACCUUGUCUGUACCUGUGGCUCCAGAAGUCUCUCCGCGGCCUGCCCUUGAGUCUGAGGAAUUGCUUGUUAAAACACCAGGAAAUUAUGAAAGUAAGCGUCAAAGGAAACCAACUAAGAAACUUCUUGAAUCCAAUGAUUUAGACCCUGGAUUUAUGCCUAAGAAGGGAGAUCUUGGCUUUUCUAGAAAGUGCUAUGAAGCUGUUCGCUUGGAGAAUGGUAUUAACAACUCAUGUGCUGCGUCUCAUUUGAAAGAGUUUGGUGGAGGCACUUCCAAGAUAUUUGAUAAACCAAGGAAGCGAAAGCGACAGAGACAUGUUACAGCCAAAGUACAGUGUAAAAAAGUGAAAAAUGAGGACUCGUCAAAAGAUACUCCAAGCGCAGAGGGAGAACUGAUGAUUCACAGGACUACCGCCAGCCCCAAGGAGAUUCUUGAAGAUGGUGUAGAACAUGAUUCUGGGAUAUCUGCAUCCAAAAAACUGCAGGGUGAGCGGGGUGGAGGAGCAGCACUCAAGGAGAAUGUUUGUCAGAAUUGUGAGAAACUGGGUGAACUGCUAUUAUGUGAGGCUCAGUGCUGUGGGGCUUUCCAUCUGGAAUGCCUUGGCUUAACUGAGAUGCCCCGAGGAAAAUUCAUCUGCAAUGAAUGUCGGACAGGAAUCCAUACUUGUUUUGUAUGUAAGCAGAGUGGGGAAGAUGUCAAAAGGUGCCUUCUUCCCUUGUGUGGAAAGUUUUACCAUCAAGAGUGUGUCCAGAAGUACCCACCAACUGUCAUGCAGAACAAAGGCUUCCGAUGCUCCCUCCACAUGUGUAUAACCUGCCAUGCUGCUAAUCCAGCCAAUGUCUCUGCUUCUAAAGGUCGUCUGAUGCGCUGUGUCCGCUGUCCUGUGGCAUACCAUGCCAAUGACUUUUGUCUUGCUGCUGGAUCAAAAAUCCUUGCCUCUAAUAGUAUCAUCUGCCCUAAUCACUUUACCCCUAGGCGGGGCUGUCGAAAUCAUGAGCAUGUUAAUGUCAGCUGGUGUUUUGUGUGCUCAGAAGGUGGUAGCCUUCUGUGCUGUGAUUCUUGCCCUGCUGCUUUUCAUCGUGAAUGUCUGAAUAUUGAUAUCCCUGAAGGAAAUUGGUAUUGCAAUGACUGUAAGGCAGGCAAAAAACCACACUACAGGGAGAUUGUCUGGGUAAAAGUGGGGCGAUACAGGUGGUGGCCAGCUGAGAUCUGCCAUCCUCGAGCUAUUCCCUCUAACAUUGAUAAAAUGAGACAUGAUGUGGGAGAGUUCCCUGUUCUCUUCUUUGGUUCUAAUGACUAUCUGUGGACUCAUCAGGCCCGAGUCUUCCCUUACAUGGAAGGGGAUGUGAGCAGCAAAGAUAAGAUGGGCAAAGGAGUAGAUGGAACAUAUAAAAAAGCUCUUCAAGAAGCUGCAGCAAGGUUUGAAGAGUUAAAAGCCCAAAAAGAACUAAGACAGCUGCAGGAAGAUCGAAAGAAUGACAAGAAGCCACCACCAUAUAAACACAUAAAGGUGAACCGUCCUAUAGGCCGGGUACAGAUCUUCACUGCAGACUUGUCAGAAAUUCCCCGUUGCAACUGUAAAGCUACUGAUGAGAACCCCUGUGGGAUAGACUCUGAGUGCAUCAACCGCAUGCUGCUUUAUGAGUGCCAUCCCACAGUAUGUCCUGCUGGAGGGCGUUGCCAGAACCAGUGCUUCAGCAAGCGCCAGUAUCCAGAGGUUGAAAUUUUCCGCACAUUACAGAGGGGUUGGGGUCUACGGACAAAAACAGAUAUUAAAAAGGGUGAAUUUGUGAAUGAAUAUGUGGGUGAGCUAAUAGAUGAAGAAGAAUGCAGAGCUCGAAUCCGUUAUGCACAAGAACAUGAUAUCACUAAUUUCUAUAUGCUCACUUUAGAUAAAGAUCGAAUUAUUGAUGCUGGUCCCAAAGGAAACUAUGCUCGGUUCAUGAAUCAUUGUUGCCAACCCAACUGUGAAACACAAAAAUGGUCUGUCAAUGGAGAUACCCGUGUUGGCCUUUUUGCCUUAAGUGACAUUAAAGCAGGCACUGAACUUACCUUCAAUUACAACCUAGAGUGUCUUGGGAAUGGAAAAACAGUUUGCAAAUGUGGAGCUCCGAACUGCAGUGGCUUCUUGGGUGUGAGGCCAAAGAAUCAACCCAUUGUCACUGAAGAAAAGUCAAAGAAAUUCAAGAAGAAGCAACAGGGGAAGCGCAGGAGCCAAGGUGAAGUCACAAAAGAGAGAGAGGAUGAGUGUUUCAGCUGUGGGGAUGCUGGUCAGCUCGUCUCCUGCAAGAAGCCAGGCUGCCCGAAAGUUUAUCAUGCAGACUGUCUCAAUCUGACCAAGCGACCAGCAGGGAAGUGGGAGUGUCCUUGGCACCAGUGUGAUGUCUGUGGAAAAGAAGCAGCCUCCUUUUGUGAGAUGUGCCCCAGCUCCUUUUGCAAGCAGCAUCGAGAAGGGAUGCUUUUCAUUUCUAAGCUCGAUGGGCGCCUGUCUUGUACUGAACAUGAUCCCUGUGGGCCCAACCCUCUGGAACCAGGGGAGAUCCGUGAGUAUGUGCCUCCCCCAGUACCGCUGCCUCCAAGCCCCAGCACUCACCUGGCAGAACAGUCAUCAGCAAUGGCUACUCAGGGGUCCAAGAUGUCUGAUAAGCCACCUACUGAUGCCUCCCAGAUAUUGCCACUCUCCAAAAAAACUCUGACAGGGACUUGUCAGAGGCCACUGCUACCUGAAAGACCUCCAGAGAGAACUGACUCUAGUUCCCACCUUUUAGAUAGGGUCAGAGACCUUGCUGAGUCAAGGACCAAAUCCCAGUCUUUGGUAUCCUGCCAGAGGCCACUGGACAGACCACCUGCUAUGGAAGGACCAAGACCUCAGCUAUCUGACAAAACCUCUCCAAUGACCAACCCAAGCUCCUCAUCCUCAGUCAGGUCCCUGCCACUGGAAAGACCUUUGGGAAUGACAGACCCAAGGCUGGAUAAAUCCAUAGGUGCUGCCAGCCCAAGGUCCCAGUCACUGGAGAAAACCCCAGCUCCCGCUGGCCUGAGACUUUCACCAACAGACAGGCUGCUGGCUACCAGCAGUCCCAAACCCCAGACUUCUGACAGGCCCCCAGACAAAUCCCAUGCUUCUUUGUCCCAGAGACUUCCACCUCCUGAGAAAGUACUGUCAGCUGUGGUCCAGUCCCUGGUAGCUAAAGAGAAAGCACUGAGGCCUGUAGACCAGAACACUCAAUCAAAACACAGAGCUGCUUUGGUGAUGGAUCUCCUAGACCUAACUCCUCGACAGAAGGAGCGGGCUGCUUCUCCUCAUGAGGUCACACCACAGGCUGAUGAAAAGAUGCCAAUGCUGGAAUCAAGCUCCUGGCCUUCCAGCAAAGGUCUGGGGCAUAUGCCACGAGCUGUGGAGAAAGGCACUAUAUCAGAUCCCCUUCUCCAACCACCUGGAAAAGCAGCAGCCCCUUCAGAACACCCUUGGCAAGCUGUUAAAUCACUCACCCAGGCUAGACUUCUUUCUCCACCUCCUGCCAAGGCUUUUUUAUAUGAAUCAGCAAUUCAAGCCUCAGGAAGAGCUCCUGCAGGAGCUGAGCAGAUCCCAGGGCCUCCCAGCCAAGCUCCAGGCCUGGUAAAACAGGUGAAGCAGAUGUCUAGAGGCCACCAACUACCUGGACUUGCUGCCAGGAGUGGGCAGUCCUUCAGGUCUCUUGGGAAGGUCUCAGCUUCCCUCCCCACAGAAGAGAAGAAGUUGGCAACCACAGAACACAGUCCAUGGGGCCUGGGAAAAUCCUCGCCAGGGGCAGGGCUCUGGCCCAUAGUGGCUGGACAAACACUAGCCCAGUCUUGCUGGUCUGCUGGGGGCACACAGACAUUGGCACAAACUUGCUGGUCCCUUGGAAGAGCGCAAGACCCCAAACCAGAGCAAAAUACACUUCAAGCUCUUAACCAGGCUCCUUCUAGUCGCAAAUGUGCAGAGUCAGAAAAGAAAUAAUAUCAGUAAAUGUCACAUAACCAGACAAGCUGUCCCCAGGGUACCAUUUGGGGAGGGGGAUCUUUUUAUUUCUUGGAAAACAGACAUACCCCAACACUUUUCACUGUUAUUCUUUCCUUAUAUACCAACACUCAGAACUCUGGUGACAUCAGCCCAUGGGAACUUGUGGUUGUGUGAACCAUGUAUGGAAAUCCAUUGGGCCCCAGGUCAAGGAGACAGACAGACUUGAGUCUCUUUGCCGUAACUUUUACAUAUGGUCAACUUAAAAUAAAAAGUCCACUCUGGAAUCAAGAAUGGAAUUCAGUUCCACUGGUCAAGUUUGAAAGAAUAGGGGGCUCUCAAAGCUAUUUUCCUAGCCCUGCAGUACCCCAUUGAGAGCAUCUGAUAAGCCUUUAGGAGGAUCUAAUGUUCAUUUAGAUCAGAGGCAAUUUCCUGAGCAUUGAUAUGGUCCUAGCAUAUGCUAGGCCAGGAGGCUAGACACUGAUGAGAAAUACAGAAAUACAUAAAGCCUGAUCCCUAUGAGCCUAUCUUGCCUUAUUGGGUUCCCAGGCUGUUUUCAGGGACCUCUGACCAGGAAACAACAGAAAGUACUGAGAGGCCCUGGGUUUCAAGGUUCAUUUUCAAAUGGUUUUUUAUGGCCCCCAAAAGUGUCUAUGUUGAACAUGUGUCUCCUGGUUGACCGUGCAUGCAUAUAUGUGCAUGCCAUGGACCUGAAAAGCUCUUCUCUGUAGGUGGAAAGGUGCUGCAUCAAGGCCGAGGUAAGCUGUUGGCUGGGGCAGCUGCUGCCACCUCUGUUAGGCAGUCUGAGGAUUUGUCCUUGGAGGAGCGUCUGGUUAGAGGGAGCACAGACUCUUGAGAAUGUAGUGUCCCAGAAAUGGACAAGGGCAAUUGGCAAAUUUACCUUUUUUUUCUACCAAUUAUCCUUUUACAAGAACCCCAUCCCCAUUUCCUCUAACACUCAGGUGCUUUCAGAUUUCAGUCUCGGGCAGUGGAUUUAGGGAAUUUCUGGCAAGCUCCAAGAAAGACACACCACUUUGAAGAAGUGAGAAAGCCUGGUGGAAAAUUGCUUCACUCCCAGUCUUGUGCCCUCCAAACCAAAAGGAAGAAGCCCACCUCACCUCCCUUUAUUGCUGUACUUUCUAUUAUGGAGAGCACAUGCCUGGUAACCGCUCAGUGGCAAGCCAGAACCCUUUCCUAAGACUGGAGAGAGAUGUGGUGUUUGGAGCAAUGUCCAGUCUAAGAGAUGACUCCUCAACUGCUGAUUAUCUGUUACUGCUGCCCUGAGCUGGGGCCCAAGGGCUGGGAAAUCUGUUGGUGCUACCCUGCCCUACCAUUUCCCCAGCUCACCCAACUGCCAACAGAAAGUGCUGUUUGGCUAGUUCCAUCAAAUCCACCUGUCCUUUGUCCUUAGACCAAAUGUGUUUACCUGUUUGCUUUGCCAACUUAGCCAGCAUAUUUAGCCACCAUCACCAUCUCCUUUCUCUCUUUACAGUUUUUCACCCUCAGCAGGGUUCUGUAUUUUGCCCCAGUUUCCUCCUCCCUAAAUUCCUGUUGAAGUUAACUCACUUCUCAAGAGGAAGGAACAGUAGUUAUUAUAGAAGCAUUUGCGCUUUAUAUAAAAAGUAAAAGUAGAAUAUGCUUUUAUUUCCCAAAGUCUGUCUCUGGGAUUGAGACACUUGAACUCAGGCAGAUGGAUGAGGCUGAGGCAGGGCUGUCCCAAGUUUGGACACCUAAUCCCUGCAUUUCACUGAAACCUCGGAAUCUCCUCUGUGAAUUCCACCUGCCUAGUUCUCCCCUUUCAUCAUCUCUUCCCACAUCAUCAGAGUGGAAAAGCUCUUUGUUUAAAAGGAAGAGAAAACAGAAAGCAUCUUAUUUUCUUUUAAAAGAAUUUUAAACCAUAAAGAUAUUUUUAAAGAAAUUCAACCAGAACAUUAAAGUUCACUAUAUUAAGUAUUUAUCAUGUGUGAGAAUAAGUAUAUAAAUGCAGCUAGUUAGGCCCCUUCCCUGAUUCCUUAGGUUGUGUGAGUAGGUUUGCUUGGUGCCAGUCCUGUGCCCUUUGAUCUCCUGUCAUCUGUAG